UCCAGGUAAAAAAAAAAAAGAUCAUUCUAUUUGUGUUCUGUUUAUUAUUUAUUGUAAUAAUAGUUUACCAAUAUUUUUUUUGAUUAUUUGAAGAUUUGGGCGUAUGAAAUUGUACCCAUUAUAGCCCAGAGGUAUGCCACCAAAUGUGGUGAAACACACCCCAGAAUACUCAAGUACUCAGGGAAUCAAACCCCUACUUCAGAUGACAUCGUGUCAGAUGUAUUUGAACUGAUAAAGAUUGAGGUUCAUGAUGCUCUAGUGCCAACGGAGGCUGAGCUGGAGAAGGAUUAUGUUAGGGAGGUUAUGAAGAGAAUUAAGAAAAGAGAAAUUAAAAGAAGCAGAGAUAAGUCUGAAGAAGAUGAAGAAGAGAAACAGAGAAAAGAGAGAAGAACUAAGAGAAGGAGGGAUUACGAUGUUAAUGUUGAAGAAAAAAUGAGAAAAGAGAAAAGAACAAAGAGAAGGGAUGAUCACAUCGAGCAUGCACAUGCACAUAAAGCUGGAGGGAAUUUGAUAUUGAAGGCCAAGUUCGAUGCCAUAGAGCAGAAGUUGGGAGAGCAUGGUGGUCAACUUUUGGACAUGAAAAAGGAAAUUGUUGAAAGCAUUACUGGUUUUUUUGAGACUACCAAGGCAAUUUACGAAGGUCUGGCAGUGUUAAAAGGAAAUUGGGAGAAAAAGGAGGAUAAGGAUGGAAAUCAGGAUGAAAAGGAUGAGAAUGAGGAUGAGGGAAAGGAUGAUGAGGAGGACCAGGAGGAAACGUAUGAUGCGGAUAAAGAGGAGGAGGACAAUGAGGGAAAGACAGUUUCCCCUGUUAGACAUGCCGAUGAUGUUGAGGAUGCAGCCGUAGUUGCUGGAUUGAUGGAUCUCACAAAACAAGUGUUUGAACAGCCAAUGACAGACAAAAGUUCAAUUGGAGUUGAAGAGAUUCCAAAAGCCAAGUACACAUUUACACGGGGAAGAAAAAGAGGUUCCACAUCGAGACGUGUAAAUAUAUAUAAUCCAAUGCGAACAGAGUGUCAAUCACAAGAAAGAAGCACCAACCAAAAUAUUGAUGGUCCUUGGCCAAUCAAUUUAAAGAGGUCGUAUUCGACUCUUUGGAGACAAGGAUUUGAAGCAUGGGUAAGAAACAGGGCUGAGGAUACAUCUUAUUUGGUUGUUGGUGGAAAGAAGUUAUACAAAAAUUGGUUUAUCAACGCAAUGACACCCGAUUACUGGUUGACAGACCAGCAUAUGGACGUCGCAAUGUACCUCCUCAUGAAGAGGAUCAAGCAAUACCCUGCCAUAUUCAAGAAGAAGGUUGUGCUGUUGGACACUAUAUUCACUGUAUCAGUUGAAUCCCACUUUAAUGAGUUCACUAAAGAUCCUCAUAAUGUUGGAGAAUGGGACAAACAUGAAGUCUUUGAGCACUAUAUUUCUGGAAAAAACCCUGAAGGGUCCAUACCAUUGAAUGGUGUAGAUUACAUUUACUUUCCCAUGAACUGGAGAAAUAUCCAUUGGGUUGCAAUUGAGGUUAAACAAGGAGGAUUGCAAUAA